AUGAAAAUUCAUCAGCUGAUAACAAUAGAAAAGCUGAAACUCAAAUACAGAGAUCUCAGCUGUUUCUGUGGGGAUCCUAGAGGCAACUGUGAAUGUCACUCACCUGUAGUUCAUAGCUUUUUGCCCACUAUUUACGCAAACGAAAAACACACAUCGAAUAAACAAGAAAAAUGUGAAAAGAAAAAGGAAGUUAAAAAUUCAAAGAAUAGCAAUAAAACUAGGCGAAGGCGUUUCAGUUCAUCAACCGAAGAAGACGAAUAUGAUGAUAGUAUUGAGUAUGCGGAAAGCGACGCCUCGGCGUUUUUUUCUGAUGAGUCAAUAAGUUCAGAUUUUAACGACCAUGAAAACAAUCUAAUCACAGAACUUGACGAAAAAACAGGUGUUCUGAGGCCAAAAAUUAAUCCAAACAAGAAAGUCACUCUGCUAUCCACAAUAAUUUUAAAGAAACCUAAUGCUGAAAAUAAUCCUAAACAUGAAAGGAAAAGAAAAAUAAUUUGUGAAAAUAAAGAUUUAAUCCAUAAAAGAUUUUGCGAAACUACGAAACAUGUUACUGGGAAAGAUGAUGUGACAAUUUUGUCACAAAUAAGAAAAAACCCGGAAAAUACUGCGAGUUUAAGAGAGAGUUAUUUAUUUGGAAAAAAAGACCCGAUAAAGGAAAUAAGGAGUAACAAAAUUGAGACUGAUAAAAAAAAUCGACCAGAACAGGGAAAACAAAAAUGA